GAGCGAAUGAUAUCUCGAACGUCGAUCAGCGGCUGAUAGUGUUCUAACAGAAUCUGUCGACCUAUCAAAGAAAGUCAUCCCCAUUCCACGGCCGGUACACGACAAACACAGAAUGCCAUGAAGAACAUCACGGAUGCCAAAAAGUGGCAGUGGUGGGGUAGGGAAAAGUGGGAGAUUGCGGACCCAGGAUGCACCUUAUGUCCUGUCUCUCUCUAUGGAUGAAUCUGUGCUACCCGGAUCCAUGACAGAUGACUUUCUCGUUUUGCCUUCUUAUCAGCGCCUGUUCGCGCGGGCGUGGAAACUCUACUUGGAAGAUCCUGAUCGAGGGAUACUUGUUACUGGGCAACCAGGAAUUGGUAAAAGUACCUGGUUGCGGUACGCCCUUAUUCGGCUGCUGAAAAAGCAGCAAGUCGUCCUGUUCGCUCAAGACGAACGGUACCACCUGUUUUAUCAUGAUUGUGUCUAUACAAUCUCAAGCGGCAAGUUGAGCAAUGACUAUCUGCCACGGCCUCCGGAGAACGGGUACUUCUGGGGCCUUAUUGAUUCCGACAAACGCGCUGUCCAACCCCAUUCUGCACUGCUUGAUUUGCCCAUCUUCCCCGUUCAAGCCGCAUCUCCGAACCGCAUCCGGUACCGUCAAUGGCUCAAGCAGCGGGAGGGAUUUACGCUCGAGCUUCAGAAAAGGUACAAAAGGCUGCGUGCAAAAGCGAAGAAGGCUCUCGAACGGAGCGAGGAUCGUUCGCACCAAGCCGAUGACGCUGUGGCUAACGUGCUGCAGAUCAGUAGGAAGGAGGCGCCCAUGAAGGCAAAGAUCUUGGCUGCGCUCAACUAUGCCAUCGAGCUGUAUGGCUACUCUGCACGUGACAUCUAUGCGGCGGUCUUUACCCCGAACGAGAUGGCAGCGUCUUUUCACCAGGCAUUGAAUGAUGCCUCCUUUAAGGAUAUUUUCAAUAUCCUUCCCCACACAAACACUACCAACCCAGACACAUUGUCCCAUUGGCUAGUGACUGUCGUCGUUUCUCCGAAGGAUAGCAUCAACUACAGUGACGACUUCGGCAUCGACUCCAAGUCGAAUCACAUCAUGGAGAAGCUCAAGGUCCACUUUGAGAAGGUUCAGCACGAAGAGGCACGUCAAAUGAUGAUGAAGUGCCGCACGUUCGAGAGCGGGUCAUUUCGCGGAUUCAUUUUCGAGAAAAUAGCCCAUAACUACCUGUCAGGUGCUGAGGACGUUCCCAAUGCCCUCCCUCCCCUUGUCCCGAUGCGCAAGUCAAAACGCAAGUCAAAACGCAAAACAGCCGCUGAUGCGCCAGCUGCCGAAUCGAAAACCGAAGCUGCGCUUGUAUCGUUUUCGAUGGCCGCAUCGCCCCAGGAGUCUGAUUUCCUUGACAUCUUUCUUCCUGUUCGAGCUAAGGACAUCAGGGUGGUUGACUUCCAGCAUGACACGUUCAGCGAAGGAAUCUGUCAAUACUUCUACGCUGCGAGAUCCCCCAACAGCCCGCUCUUUGACUCGUUCUUCGUCGAGCUCCAGGAGGACGUCGAAGUAGUCACAGCUAUCAUAUGGUUGUUCCAAGUGACGCUCCGCGAGCGACAUGAAGGGUCAACAUCGGGAUAUCAACUGAUUCAGAAGAUCAAAGGAUUGGCUCUCGCUCGAGCUCAGAAGCGUGCAAAACACGGCUUGGAUCAAUUCGCGAUAGAGCAAGAAGUUAGUACGGUGGGAUCAGUACGUUCUCGUCUGCCGGAGAGGACAGCGAAGAAACGUACUUGGGUGAUGCCUGAGGGAUGGGAUAAGCAUGAAGGGGAGGUAUACGGUCAGCUGGUUCCCGACGGGUUUAGCGAGGGCUAACUGCUGUUUAGCACCGACAUCUGCCUGCGAUAGACCGUCGUAUCGCAUAAUUCAACAGUCUCACAGAUAUUACUCAUGUAGUUAAUUCGAUACCCAAGAACUUUGAUACCCAAG